UUACGUGAACGCACCAUGACACUGGCCGCUAGCCUAGCCCGGCUAACUUUGCUAAUCUGAUUUAUCGUCUCGGUUUAGCGCACGUAACGCCAGCCCAAGAUUACCACGUUUAGUUUUUUUUUUUUUUUUACUUAUCCACCGUUUAACGCCAAACCUCCACCCGCUUGAAGGAUGGCAUCGCUCGGGGAGCCUGUGCGGCUGGAAAGAGAUAUUAACCGUGCUGUUGAACUGCUCGAUAAGCUCCAGAGGACGGGGGAGGUUCCUCCCCAGAAGCUGCAGGCGCUGCAGAGGGUCUUACAGAGUGAAUUCUGUAACGCUGUCAGAGAAGUUUAUGAACAUGUGUAUGAAACGGUGGACAUCAACAGCAGUCCCGAGGUCAGGGCCAAUGCCACAGCUAAGGCCACUGUGGCAGCUUUCGCAGCGAGCGAGGGACACUCACAUCCACGUGUGGUGGAGCUGCCCAAGACAGAAGAAGGCCUGGGUUUCAACAUAAUGGGUGGAAAGGAGCAAAACUCACCAAUAUACAUCUCACGGAUCAUCCCAGCAGGCAUCGCUGAUCGACAUGGAGGCCUGAAGAGGGGCGACCAGCUUCUCUCUGUCAAUGGAGUGAGCGUGGAAGGUGAGCACCACGAGAAAGCCGUGGAACUCCUCAAAGCAGCUCAGGGCACAGUGAAGCUGGUAGUAAGGUACACCCCCAAAGUCCUCGAGGAAAUGGAGUCACGCUUCGAGAAAAUGAGGUCGGCGAAGCGCCGGCAACAGAACAACUAUCCCCAGGCCAUAUCAGCAGAGUCUCUGUGGAAAGCAGCACUGAUGGAGGACGACUGCUGAGAUCUCUCAGCCGCGUGGUAAAAGCCGCCUCCCAUCAGGACUUCUUUUCUGGGACCUGAGCUGGUUUUUCUUUUCUUUCUAGUACCAAGACCAAACUUACAUUUGUGAAACCUUUAACAAAUGUUUUAGUCGGUGCUUGUUCAAGAUUCUUACCUGUAGAUUGUGUUGUGUUUUUUGUGUUGACUCGUUUCUUACCUUAUUUACUCUGUUACAUUGAUGUGGAAUGUAAAAUGUUGUGAUGUAGAACAUAACAGUUGGACUGGAGGCUAAAUAAACAGUGCUUUCUGACUUCUAAA